AUGCCGACAGCUCUCGAGCUGAUUCACAUCAUCACGCCGAGCGUGCUCGCGCUGCCGGUGCUGGCACUCCUGCCAUCGCCAGCGCCAUCGCCGCCUGCCCUGCCUGGUGUCCGCGCCGUCACUGUCAAGACGGUCACCCCUCGCCGAGGCUUCAUCCUCCUCACCCUCGUCCUCCUCGCUGCGACUUGCGCCAUUGAGGCUGUUAUCCUGAUCAUUGAAAUCCUCACGGCCAAGUUGCGCUCGUCGCCCGAUGACGACCUUCACUUCCUCGACUUUUACUCGUCCUCCUCGCACGGUCUCUCGGCGUGGUUUGUGGCUGCCAGCGCGGUUCACUCUUUCGGCGGACUGUGCAUCUAUUCAGGUGCUGCCAUCCUAUCGGAAUGGCGGACGCGUUGGGGUGACAAGAACCUCGUCCUCCUCGCCGUCCUGGCGUUUGGUCUCGAGGUCCCCAACCUCGUCCUCUCGGUGGUCCGUGAAGUCCAUGCCGCGGACAAGUACCAGCGUGUCUUUGCUAUCCUUAACAUUGUGCCCUCGUGCCUCCGCCUUAUCAUCCUCCCCGUUCUCGUCGUCCUCGUCCUCAACCCCAUCGUCCGCUUCCAGGCUCCCGAUGAGCGUACUGGUCUCCUUGCCGAGACUGAUGCGAACGCCGACGAAGCUGAUGUCGAGACUGGAAGCGCUGCUGCUCACCUUGUCGUCGCACCCACGCCGCAGUACGGAACUUUUAACGGAGGCUCUACCCGUGACCCUUCCAUUGCGACUCGCGCCAGCACCGACACUCCCCAGCCACCUGCCGACGCCACUGCCGGAACAGCCACACCCAACCCGGCCAAAAAGAUUACCAUCCCCAAGAAGCUGGGUGAGAAGAAGGAAGAGUACCAGGGCAUUUCGUGGAAGGCCUUCUGGGCUCGUCUGAGGAAGCUCUGGCCUCACCUCUGGCCAUCGACCAGCUGGAAGCUGCAGCUCUGCUGUGUCCUCUGCGUGGGCCUCAUCUUUGUGGGUCGUGGCGUCAACGCCCUCGUGCCUAUGACUAUCGGUGCGAUCGUCCGCAACCUCACCUCCAACGAGCACGGUGGCAGCGGCCCGUCGCCUUGGCCGCCUCUCCUCCUUUACAUCCUCCUCCGCUCGAUGCAGAGCGGUGGUGUGCUGGCCUUCCUCCAGAACGUCAUUUGGGUCCCCGUUCAGCAGUAUGCCGACCGUGAGAUGCAGCUCCUCACGUUCAACCACCUCCUCGACCUGUCGCUCGCGUUCCACACCAAGCGCAACACUGGUGAGGUCCUGCGUAUCAUUGACCGUGGAUCGGCCAUCAACAACCUGUUCCAGACCCUCCUCUUCACUGCCGCCCCCACUGUUCUCGACAUUCUGCUCUACUCGGCCAUCUUCUUUGGCUUUUACGGCGCCUUCCUCUCCGGCUUUAUGAUGUGCGUCAUGGCCGCCUACGUCACCUUCUCCAUCGUCUUUACCGGCUAUCGCACCAAGCUCCGUCGUGAGAUGGUCGAGCGUGACAUCAAGACCCGCGGUAUUGCCAGCGAUGUCCUCACCAACUGGGAGAGUGUCAAGUACUUUACCGCCGAGUCUCGCGAGUCGAGGCGUUUCAAGGACUCGAUCCUCGCGUACCAGACCACCGAGGCCAAGGUCACCGUCAGCUUCAACCUCCUCAACCUUGGCCAGAGCUUCAUCAUGACUGUCGGCCUGCUUGCUGGCUGCCUCAUCGUGUCGCUCCAGAUCCUCAACGGCCCAUGGGACAAGGACGGCCAGCCCGACGCAGCUAGCUUUGUCACCUUCCUCAUGUACAUCCAGCAGCUGUACGGCCCCCUUGAUCGCUUCGGCACCCUCUACAGGCAGCUCAACGUCAACUCCACCGACGCCGAGAAACUCUUCAACCUCCUCGCCCAGCCUACCGAGAUCAAGGACACUCCUGAUGCCAAGGACCUCAUUGUCACCGAUGGCGUCAUCGAGUUUGACAAUGUCACCUUUUCGUACAACGAGAACGUCCAGGCGCUCAAGGGUGUCUCAUUCCGCAUUGGCAAGGGCGAGAGCAUGGCCCUCGUCGGCGAGUCGGGCUCGGGCAAGUCGACCAUCCUCCGUCUCCUCUACCGCUUCUACGACAUUGACUCGGGCACUAUCUACAUUGAUGGUCAAGACAUUUCCAAGGUCACCCAGUCGAGUCUCCGUCACGCUAUCGGCAUUGUGCCCCAGGACAGCGUCCUCUGGAACGACACCAUCGGAGCCAACAUUUCGUACGGCAAGGAAGGUGCUACCGACGAGGAGAUCAUCGCUGCUGCCAAGGCGGCCAAGCUCCACGACCGCAUCAUGACGUUCCCUGAGCAGUACGCGACCAUUGUCGGCGAGCGUGGUGUCCGUCUCUCUGGAGGCGAGAAGCAGCGUGUGUCACUUGCGCGCAUGUUCUUGAAGAACCCCUCGGUCCUGGUUUUGGACGAGGCUACCAGCGCUCUGGACACGGAAACUGAAAAGGAAAUCCAAAAGUCCCUGGCUCAGCUGUCAUAUGGCCGCACCUCGCUGUCCAUCGCCCACCGCCUGUCCACUGUUGUCAACAGCACCCAGCUUGUUGUCAUGAAGGACGGUCGCGUUCUCGAGCACGGCUCCUACCAGCAGCUUAUCGAGUUGGACGGCCAGUUUGCCAAGAUGUGGAAGAAGCAGAUCUUCACCGAGGCGGAACUGGCCUCGGGUACCUCUGCCUACGCCCUCACUGCUCCUCCCGGAUACGCGUUUGGUGCGUCUACUCCCAUCCCCGGUUCAUCGACUCCCGAGAAGACUGCUGGCGACGACGAGGCUGUGGUCAUCCACCGUGCUUCGCCUCCCAGCACCGUGGACGAGCACGAGGACGAGCCGGUCACCGACGAGUUUGGCAGUACUGCCGACAUGGCUGCCAAGAACAAGGGCAAGGAGAUCGAGGCCGCCGGUACGGGUGAGCCCGAGGCUGCUGUCGCCCAGGAGCCUCCCCUCAACCUCGUCAGCGCCGAGCGCACCUCGGUGCGCUUUGACGACUCUGCUCCUUCCUCGCGCCCCGACUCGCCGGUCAAGAAGCCUUCUGGUGUCUCGUUCCCCGCGGGCGCCGACACUCCCCGCAGCAGCACCGACUCUCCCGGCCCCUCGGCAGCCCGUGUGGCCUCGUACGCCAGCGAGCGUUCGCUUGCCACGAGCGAGCACAGCCUGCCCAGCGACAGCCCCGAGGCUCCUCCCGAGAAGCGCCGCAAGCGCCUGUCCUCCAUCAAGGGCUUUGUCCGUCGCAUGAGCUCGGACCAGAGUAACCAGCAGCCCCUCCUCUCCCGCUCCAACAGCGGAGGCGGCGGUAGCGGUUCGGAGGGAGGCAAGAAGCGCAACGUCCUCACGAAGCGCCGCUCCGUUCACGAGUAA